ACGGCGUCGUCACCGCGUCACCGCUUCACAGACCAUCGUGCUAGAUGGACGCACUGUCGGCGCUCAGCGUGCGGCUUUCGACGCAUCGCACUCGCCUGAUCGAGCUAGCCGCACAGCUCGGACGGCCGGCUGCCACUGUCGAGGACAGGAUCCUCGAGCUGCAAGCUGCACUCGUCAACACAGUCGACCGACAGCUGGAAGAAGCAGAGUCUGAGGUUGCCAGGGCUAAGGAGUACAAUGAGGCUACUCACAAACGGCUGCUCGAGCUGCAACGGCCUCUGAGCUUACCACCAUCAUCUGUCAGCAAGAGUGAUGAAACUAUCUUGCAAGCCAAGCUACGACUUGAGGAAGAUCUCGACGCAGCACACGCACUCCAAAGCGAACGUACAGCGCUGGUUGACGUCAAACGCGCCAUAUUGAGGCCCAUCGCGGCCUUGCUUGGCCCUGAGAGCAUCAGUGUGGCGCUCGAUGGCGAGGGAGCGCACGCAGAUCUCAGCUUGGCACAUAUCGAGAGACUUGACGCAGAGCUUGUGCGAUGUCAGGGUGACUUGAGCCGCCGCGUACAAGGGCUGCAGAGCGAACUUGCCGCAACCAUCGCUCUCUGGCAAGAGCUACAAGACCCGGACACGCCAGCCAUCCAGCUUGACGCAGAUUUGCUUGAUCGCCUGGCGCCCUUGCCCGCAGGAAUCGCCUCUGAACACACCGCCGCGCUACGAUACCUGCCAUGUCAAAGCAAUCUUGAUAUCGUGAUAGCCCUUCGAGACAAGCUCGAGAAGGAGAAGAUACGACGGCAGGAUCUGAUACAGAUCACCUUUGACAAAAUCUAUCCCCUCUGGGUCAAGCUCGAUCUCGAGAACGAGCUCUGCGAUCAGUUUGUCAACGCGUGGCAGGGCGUCAGCCUGCAAUCUGUCAGAGCUUACGAGGACGAACUGAUACGAUUGGAAGCAUACAAGGCAGAAGCGAUGGCAGUCUUCAUCGACAAGGAGCGCAGCGAGAUUGACUGGCUUUGCGAAAACCUCCAGCUGGGACCGGAGGACCGUCAGACCUUCGAGCCUGUCUUGACCGAGGAGGCCUCCAACGAAGAGAUUCUCGACGCACUCGAGCAGCAGAAAGCACGACUUCAGGGAGAGGCAACCCAGAGAGAACCCAUCCUGGACUUGUUGCGCAAGUAUCACGGCGUCUUGCAAGACGAAGCAGAUCUCAUCGAGGCAUCGCGCGACCCCUCACGCUUGACCCAGCGCGGCAGUCACAAGCGCCUGAUGGAAGAGGAGAAGCUUCGCAAACGCGUCGCGAAGCAGAAGCCAAAGCUCGAGCAAGACCUCCUGAGCGUCCUGCCUGACUGGGAAGCCGAGCAUGGUGCGAUCUUUCGAGUGGAUGAUGCGCCGCUCUUCGAGAUGCUCAGUGAAAAGAUGGAGCGCGAUUCAGCGUCGAAGCGGCCAAAGCAAAUGCGCGGGCAGACGACCUCACAGCAGCCUCUGCGGGCGCAAGCCACAGGCAGCAGUAACAGCAGCAUCGCUCACCAGGUCCGACCCUCUGCGCAGCCAAAGCGUUCGGCUCCGAACAUGGCACCCGGCACGGCGAAGAAGGUCAGGGUGGAAGCCAGACCGCUCGGUAGUGCGACGAACCUGCAGAGACCGAUGUUGACAGGCGCGAGCAAUUCCUCCUAUGGCGAGACGCCCAUUCGUCCGACGCAGACACGGCCGCCGCCCUCGCACAACCAUCUCACCUCACUCUUGGGCGUUCAGCGUACCUGGCCAGAGCCAAAGCUGGGACUAUCCGCUGCGACUCGCUCGGAUGCUUGGCGGCCGAGACCAAGCACGUUACCGCCCAUCGAUUGAUCGCAGUGAUUAGACUCUUGUUGUUUGUGAUGCAAGGGCUUGGAUGGUACAAC